CAAAGCCCUAAAAUCUUCCAGCAGCAGUGGCGGUUCGUCUUCUUCAUCGGGCAUCUUCUUCUCGGCGCAAAUGAGUGACAAUACUGUAAGAACAGCCCUUUCAAUCUCAUUCCUUCUUUCGUGCCUAAGAGGAAAGACAAAUACACAGAUAUGUACCGGCCGAGUCGGCGAACCAUUUCUCCGUUGUUCGUUUGCGUAAAUGUCUGCAGGGUUUACAGGUUCAGUCCACUCUUUCACAUUCAUCGAAGCCUCACAACUACGGGGAUUCAUUCAUUGUCAAAAACAGCAGAGAAAGAAAUUGAAAGAAUUGUGAGAACUAUCAAUGACCAUCCUUACCCUGAUCAACCUCUGCUACCUGUCCUCGAAAAUCAAGUCCAACAGUCGGUUAUCUCAGCAGCAUUCGUCGAACAGGUUCUUGGUAAAUUGUUUGCCUCCCACUCUAAUGGCCUCAAGGCAUACGAGUUCUUCAAAUGUUGCCUUAAACACGAGCUCUACGUGCCUAGUUCAGAUGCUUUCGAGAAGACUCUCCAUAUCCUCGCACGUAUGCGCCACUUCGAAAAGGCGUGGGAGCUAAUGGAAAGAAUCAAGCAGGUACACCCGUUGUUGCUCACUCUCAAGUCUAUGAGCAUCAUGUUGUCGAGAAUAGCAAAAUUUCAAUCCUAUGAAGAUACCAUAGAAGCAUUUGACAGGAUGCAGGGGAAGAUCUUUACAGACAAGAAAUUCGGCACAGAUGAAUUCAAUGUGCUGCUUCGAGCAUUUUGUACCCAGCGCCAGAUGAAAGAAGCCCGGUCCGUAUUCAAUAAGAUGUACUCGCAAUUCCUCCCCAACACCAAGACGAUGAAUAUUUUGUUAUUAGGGUUCAAAGAAUCGGGCGACGUAACCGCAGUUGAGCUGUUCUAUCAUGAGAUGAUUCGGAGAGGUUUUAAGCCGAAUAAUGUCACUUACAAUAUUCGGAUCGAUGCAGCUUGUAAAAGAGGGAAUUUCGGUGAUGCCUUGAGACUAUACGAAGCGAUGGAAUCUGCAAAUUGCGCACCCACAUUGGAAACAAUUACGACAUUGAUCCACGGAGCUGGGUUGGUCGGGAAUACAACAAAAGCUAAGCAAUUCUUUGAUGAAAUUUCCGAAAGAUCUCUGCAGCCGGAUAUCGGUGCGUAUAACGCUCUUUUAAGUUCCAUAAUCAGAUCGAAGGAUUUCCCCGCGUCAACGGCGUUGAUGGAAGAAAUGGAGAGGAGAAACAUCGAUCCCGACAACGUAACAUAUCAUACGAUGUUUUGGGGAUUAAUAAGAUCGCGAAGAGCAGACGGCGUAUCUCUGCUUUAUGCAAAGAUGGUCGAGAAUAAUUUUGUGCCGAAGGCACGGACAGUCGUUAUGUUGAUGAAGUUUUUCUGCGAGAACGGUAUGGUUGAUGUCGGGCUCGAUUUGUGGAACUUUUUGUCGGGGAAGGGGCAAUGCCCGCACAGCCAUGCUCUUGACAUUCUUGCAACGGGGCUGUGCGCUCGCGGCAGAGUCGAGGAAGCGUUGGAAUGUUGUAAGGAAACGUUGGGAAAGGGUCGGAGUGUGAGUGAGGGAGUUGUCCAAAUGUUGGAGAGGAUUUUGUUGGAAAUGAAAGAGGAGGAGAAGUUAGAGGAGCUGCAACAGCUUAAUAGCAAGUUGAAUAAAUAGAGUUAGUUCUUACUACUACAUUAUUACACCAAAAUGUCCCAACUUUUAAUGUUGUGUGUUUUGUAUUUUAAAUAGUGGUUUAUUUGGAUCAGUUAAAUACAAAAUAUUCAUUUUAAUUAAGAUUUUUGUUA